AUACAAUUAAAAAUAUAAGGAUUCAGCUGACCAUUAUGUCACGUUCUUCAAUAUAGAGCUUUUUUCCAAUGUAAUAAACAAAGCAUGGUUGGUCACCCUGAUACAUUAUAUUAACGGAUUCUUGAUCAUGUUUCAUCUCUGCCGCUUAACUUUGGAGAAACAAUGGCAGCAAUCAUCGUUGAUUCCCAAAACUUCUUUAUCUUCAUCCUUCUAUGCCUCUUCUCACUCUUCUGUUACUCUCUCUUAUUCAAGAAACCAAAAGACUCACGAAGCUUUGUUCUGCCUCCAAGCCCUCCUUCUCUUCCAAUCAUCGGUCAUCUUCACCUUCUCCUCUCUGCCCUAACUCACAAGUCUCUACAGAAACUUUCCACCAAGUAUGGACCUCUCCUUCUUAUCCGCAUCUUCUAUGUACCCAUCAUUGUUGUUUCCUCUGCCUCUAUGGCCUACGAGAUCUUCAAGGCCCAUGACGUGAACGUCUCCACUCGCGGUAUUGUUGCGCUUGAUGAGUCUCUCAUGUUUGGGGCUUCUGGCAUCUUGAACGCUCCCUAUGGAGAUUACUGGAAGUUCAUGAAGAAGCUCAUGGCCACUAAGCUACUCCGACCGCAAGUGCUGGAGCGGUCACGAGGUAUUCGUGUUGAAGAACUACAGCGGUUUUACAGGAGCAUUCUCGAUAAGGCCACGAAGAAUGAGAGCGUUGAGAUCGGUAAGGAAGCAAUGAAGCUCAUGAACAACACCUUGUGUAAAAUGAUCAUGGGAAGGAGUUUUUCAGAGGACAACGGUGAAUCAAAUAGAGUCAGGGGCUUGGUUGAUGAAACGUAUGCUUUGUCAGAGAAGAUAUUCUUGGCAGCUAUAUUGCGCAGACCUCUUGCGAAGCUUCGGAUCUCACUAUUCAAGAAACAGAUAAUGGGUGUUUCCAACAAAUUCGAUGAGCUGCUAGAGAGGAUUCUUCAGGAACACAAAGAGAAACUGGAAGAGAAGAAUCAUGAAGGUAUGGAUAUGAUGGACGUGUUGUUGGAAGCUUAUGGAGAUGAAAACGCUGAGUAUAAGAUCACAUGGAAGCAUAUCAAGGCAUUUUUCGUGGAGUUUUUCAUUGGAGGCACUGAUACCUCAGUGCAAACAACACAGUGGGCAAUGGCCGAGAUGAUCAACAAUUCUAGUGUUCUUGAUAGACUGAGAGAAGAAAUCGUCUCCGUUGUAGGGGAAACAAGGUUGAUCCAAGAAACAGAUUUACCAAACCUUCCUUAUUUGCAAGCAGUGGUUAAGGAAGUUCUAAGAUUGCACCCACCAUCACCGGUCUUAAUACGGAAGUUCCAAGAAAAAUGUGAAGUCAAAGGAUUUUGCAUACCGGAGAAGACAACACUCAUUGUUAAUGCUUAUGCUGUGAUGAGAGAUUAUGAUUCUUGGGAAGAUCCUGAAAAAUUUAAGCCAGAGAGGUUUUUAAGUUUUUCAAGAUCAGGGCAAGAGGACGAGAAAGAGCAAGAACUUAGGUACCUUCCUUUUGGCAGCGGAAGGAGAGGAUGUCCUGGAGCAAAUCUUGGUUCUAUAUUUGUAGGAACCGCAGUAGGAGUGAUGGUGCAGUGCUUUGAUUGGAAAAUCAAAGAAGAUAAGGUCAACAUGGAAGAGACUUUUGAAGGAAUGACCCUGAAAAUGGUUCACCCCCUUAUGUGCACUCCAGUUCUAAGAACUCAACCUUUUUCUUUUAUUUCUAAUAUCUAAAUUUCCAGCUCUGAUGCUUGACUUGGGUGCUUGUAACAAGUUUACUUUCUUCUGUUCUAUAUGUUUGCAUUUGCUCUCUUCUAUUUUUUUCUUUAUAUUUGCUAUCUGAUAUUCAGUAUGUUUGAUCCGUUGAAUUAUAUUUGCUAA